CGUCAUUGUCAAACUAUUUUAUACCUGAUGAUGGGGAUGUGCAAUCGUAUCUGGAUCAAAUUCAAAUGUGGCCCAGCUUCGACAAGCCCGAUGCAUUUGGUCAACAUUCCAAUGCCGACAUUGCAUCACUUAUUGGAGAGACGCGCAUGCUUUUUACGACACUACUUUCAAUGCAAGUUCAAUCGUCAGGUUCAGUCAGUGCGGAGAACGCUGAAAAUAAAGUUUCUGACUUAGCUAAGGAUAUAUUGAUUAACACACCUGAUGAAAUAAACUACGAGCAGACUGCUAAGAUAAUUGGAAUAAUUCGCACACCUUUGGAGGUCGUAUUACUACAGGAAAUAGAGCGAUAUAACGCUCUUUUGGACGAUAUGCGAACUCAAUUACGUAAUUUACGACGUGGAAUACAAGGUUUGGUAGUUAUGAGCUCUGACUUGGAAGACAUAUAUACAGCUGUAUCCGACGGCCGUGUGCCAUUUCAAUGGCUUAAAGCUUAUAAUUCGCUUAAGCCUUUGGCUGCAUGGGCACGUGAUCUUACAUUUCGGGUGUCACAUUUCAAUACCUGGGCCAAAACUCUUCGUGCACCCACGCUUUUUUGGUUAUCGGCAUAUACCUUUCCAACUGGAUUUCUUACAGCCGUAUUGCAAACUUCAGCCCGUGCAAGCAAGACUCCUAUCGACGAAUUAUCUUGGGAGUUCUUUGUUUUUGUUGAAGAGGACGCAAAUGCCACUCGCAUCAUUCGCGAAGGAGGUGGCGCGUACGUUCACAAUUUAUAUCUUGAGGGUGCUGGCUGGCUUCGUAAAAACCAAUGCCUUCAAGAUUCAUUACCAAUGGAACUGAUCUGUCCUUUACCAGUUAUACAUUUCAAGCCAGUGGAAAAUCUUAAAAAGAGAUCACGUGGUAUAUACCAUUGCCCCGCCUAUUACUAUCCCAUUCGAUCUGGAUCAUUUGUUAUAGCCAUUGAUUUAAAAUCUGGUGUUGAAAAGCCUGAAUAUUGGAUCAAGCGUGGUACAGCUAUCCUACUGAGCUUAGCUAACUAGGGAUUUAUAGAAGUAAAAAUAACUUAUAAUCAGAUUUUCUAAAUUCAUAAUAUAUUGAAACAGGCUGCUUAACUA